UCAUUGAACAUCUGAAAGGAAUCCAUUGGAGCAAUGACAUUUUAAUUGAUUUGAUGGCACACGAGGAUCUGGAGUCUAGAUAUCGAAAAUAAAACCGUCGACUAUAUAAGACAGCACAACACAUCCGGCCCCUUCAAACAAUUUCGUGUCCAAAGAAAAUCGUGAAUAGACACCCUUGGGUUGUCGCUUCCGUGCUAUAAAAAUAUUACAGGACCUCAGAAAUUUAUGAACAAUCCGGCAGUUGUGUCAGAUCUUGCUCUUUUUCUGUUUAAGAAGGCAUUUUCAAAAUAACAACGAUGACUGAUUACCUUAUAGUUGCCGAGGCCGUCAUAUCAGUCCUUUCAGUGAUCUGCAACGCAAUUCUAGUCUUUGUUAUACUUGCAACACGGCGGCUGAGAAACAAUACGAACUACCUCGUGGCGAACAUCGCAGUGGCAGAUAUGUUAACUGGACUUGUGUCAUUACCGUUGGAUAUCAUAGCCAUUGUGGUUCCCGAAUGGACAGAGGGAAACUGGAUCCAAUGCAUACUCACAUAUUCUGUUAUCAUGUUCAUACUCUGGGCGUCGUUAUUCAGCGUUCUUGCUAUCACGUGUGAACGUUUCUGGGCUAUAGUAUACCCAUUUUCAUAUCAGAAGCACGUCACAAGAAAUGUUGUUUUGAUUGUUAUUGGAGUGAUGUAUGUGGCCUCUUUUUUGUUGGCACUUCCGACACCUCUUUCCUGGGUGAAUGGGAGAUCGCCGGAUAUUAUGUGGUGUUUUGGCUACCAGAGUUCUACGCCUCCAGAAAUAGGAAUCCCUUCGUUUAUAGGAAUCAUGGUCAUCUGUACCAUCACAGCGGGAAUGAAUUUUAAAAUAAUGCGUGUGGCACAAAUUCAAUCAGCAAAGAUAGCUGCCAUUGAUGCAGUUGUCACAUCGGGGAAGAAAACAAAGUUCAGCAAAGAAAAGAGGAUAACGUUGUUUCUAUCUUUUGUUGCUCUAUACUUUGUUAUAUCAUGGAUAACACUUUUGGUGCAGAUAACUCUCGCCUAUUUUCAGAUUGAAACUCCGAUGGAGUUAUGGACGUUUAGCAUAACAUUUGCGUUCAGCAACGCAGCUUUAAAUCCAAUAAUUUACGGCAUGGGUCAAGGACAAUACAGACGCGCCUUCUUACGGCUAUGUUGCAAGAAAUCUUCAAUUGCCCCUGAAGAAAGUGGCACUGCAAUGUCGGUCCCAUCAAACACAUUAGAGACUACCACAAAGCCUUGAAAUACUUCAGUGUCGUGAAACAACAAUGAUAAAAGUGUUGUUGUCGCACGUUGAACGAACAUGCUCAAACAACAAUAAUAUUCUAAAAAACUAUGAUACAU